AUGGAAUCGACAGAAAGGGCUUGUUGUAUUGUUACAGUAUCCGGGUCUUUCUCUGAUCAGAAGCCUCUGAGCUGUAGUGGUGUCAUUCUGAACCCACAGGCAGGAAUCGUUCUCUGUAGUGGUCUGUUGUUCUCUCGAUUUAUGAAUACCAAAGAAUCUGUCUCCUCAGACCUCAGAUUUAUGCCACCCGACAUUUUUAAUGACAAUCUAAAAAUAUGUUUAAACUACUCGGAGCAACGAGACCUGGAAACAAACCAGUGCGCUUAUGAGGCAUGCACGGUGGCCGACAGCCCCUCGUCACACCCGCUUCAGGCCACAGCAGAGCUUCUUUUUUUAAUCAACUGUGUGGAGUUCAGAAAAGCUUUUCUCAAUAUGUUCAGAGGAUCAGAUACAUGGGGUUUCUACGGUGGCGAGGAGGAGGCAGAGAUGGUCAGGGACUCUGAAUUCCUGAGCUGGUUUGCUGUGCUGAAGGCACCUGGUUUGAAACCAGGUGUGUCCAAAUCAGGACCUAUACCCAUGGUUAACAGCUCUUCUCUCCGAAAGGGGUGCCCAGUAUUGGCGUGCGGCUCUCCAUUUGGCGAUCUAUGCCCUGAUCUCUUCAUGAGCACCCUGAGCAAGGGCAUCAUCAGUAACUUGGCUGGGGAGGAGAAUGUCGUCAUCCUUACAGAUGCCCGGUGCCUACCUGGCACUGAGGGAGGGGGGCUCUUCAUCCGUAACGGAGACCAGGCAUACCUUGCUGGCUUAAUUGUGUCUCCAUUGUGCUGGAAAGCCAGUGAGUUGAUUGGACUGACACUGGUGUGCUCUCUCCAACUGAUCCUGAAGAACAUAAUGCGUUGUAUGAAGAUUCAUGAUCCUAUGGGAGACAUCCACCUUCAACAGGACCCCACAGAUUUUCAGAGUAGAAGCCAAACUUGGGCCAUCCAGAGAUAUCCCACUGUGGCCUUGGUAGAUAGCGGACAGUUUUGGGGCUCCGGGAUCCUUGUCAGCCCUCAGUUGGUUCUGACCUGCAGGCAUGUUGUCAAUGGAAAAUCUGUCGUCACCUUGAAAUUUGACAGCAAUGACAGGUACAAUGAUGUGAUGGGAGAUGUGCUUUACUCCACCAAGGACUCUUCACCCUAUGAUGUAGCCAUCGUACAACUGAGAGACCCCACCCCCGAGGCAGUGAUGCCACGUUUGGCCACAUCAUUUCAGCUAGGUGAAGACGUUGUGGUGGUGGGUUAUGGUGCGCUGGGUCAAAGGUGUGGUGGCCCCUCCUUGACUCGCGGCAUUCUCUCCAGGGCCGUGAGCAGGUGUUCCGAGACUAUCAUGCUGCAAACCACCUGUGCAGUACAGGCAGGAACCAGUGGGGGCGCUGUGGUGCGUGUGAGUUCAGGCGAGCUGCUCGGUCUGGUAUCCAGUAACACCAGGGACUUUGCUGCUAAGGUGACCUACCCACAUCUGAACUUCAGCAUCCCAGUGACUGUGCUCCAGCCGUUGCUGCGGCGAUACGCCCAGACGGGUGAUGUUGGCCUGUUCAGGGCCUUAGACGAGACAGAGGAGGGGGUCAGGAGGGUUUGGAGACUACAGGCUCCUCAGAGCAAACUGUGACUGAACGAUGACUAAGAGACACCCUGCCAAGCAAGCAACAUUCUCAGUGUUAGGCAAUAGCACUUUGCUCAACCUAGAUACCAAGUACCUUCAUUUCACAGAGAACAUUCACAACAGCGAAUUAGCACUUAAAAUGGUUUGAUUAUGAUAACCUAUUAUGUUAUUCUUAUCCAAGUGCCUGUCAAAAUUGAACACAGUGUGAAACAUGACCCACCAAAACAUUAUUUUUGAGGGAGAAAUAAUUUUUUAUAUGUCUAUGUGGUAUCCUCAAUAAAUGAAUAAGCAGUUUUGUAAUUUUUGUUGAAAGUGUCAUACAAUAUAAUUGUAUAUAUAACAAUAUAUAAUAUAAUUAUUUUUGUUAUUGCUACUGGUAAAAAGCAAACAACUGUUUUAAGAUUCACACACAAAUUGUAUAAGUUCACUAGGAAGUAGAGGAGCAGAACCAUAAAGUUCAGGUAAUGUUUCACCCAGAUUUUCAAAAGUGGUGGGGAAGUUACGCCCUCUCCUCAGAGAUGAUUUGGGGAGAAAAAGCAACGUUUCGUGUCAUCAUUCCUGUGAACAAUUCUCUUGUGUUUUUCAGGAAAUGGUCAGACACAAAUUAAUCAUAUGUUUUUAUGGUACUAGCCUUGGAACCCCUGACAUUUAAAAAAAAGCACAUGAUCGAAAACAGGUGGUCUUUUUUUGUCUUGUCCCGAGCACUUUGACACCCUAUAGUCGAAUAGAUAUCACGCAAUAAAAGCCUGAAUGA